AUGAACAUCUUCAGCCAUGCGAAUCUUGGAACCACCGAGGAGAGAGGCGACGAUGCAAAAAGAACGAUUCUUGCGGGAACGGAUAUUGUGGGAGACAUACUAAAGACGACCCUUGGGCCGAAGGGAAUGCUUAAGAUGCUGAAGGGACAGCAUGUCAAUGUCACGAAUGACGGAGCAUUUAUUCUCAAUAACCUGAUGAUCGACAGCCCGUCUGCAAGGAUACUGAUUGGCUCCAGCACUGGGCAAGACUGGGAGGAGGGAGACGGGACUACAUCUGUUGCGAUUCUGGCAAGCCUGUUGGUUAAGGAGGCCGGCAAGCUGGAGAUGCAUCCGACAAAGAUUCUCAGGGGAUAUAGGAUGGCACAGGCAAAAUGCGAAGAGAUUCUAAGCAGCAUCAGCUUUGAGGCGACGAAGGAGGACCUGCUCAAGCUUGUUAGGACUACCCUAUGUUCAAAAGUACUAAGGUAUGAUCUGGAGAGGUUCUGCGAGAUUUGCGUCAAUGCUGUUGAGAAGCUCGAGGGAAGAAAUGAUCUGAAUCUUAUCCAAAUUAUCAAGUGCUCUGGAAAGCUUGAGGACUCAUAUCUUGAUGAUGGAUUCCUUCUGAAGAAGGACAUCCGAAUAGAUGAUGUGGUCAAUCCCCGGGUCUUGAUAGCCAACACCAGUAUGGACCAGGAUAAGAUCAAGGUCUUUGGGGCAAAAAUUAACGUCAACUCUGUAGGAGAGCUGGAGGAGAUGGAGAAGGCGGAGAAGAUCAAGAUCAAAGGGAAGGUUGAGCGCAUUUCGCAGAAUGGAGUAAACGUGUUUGUCAACAGACAGCUUGUGUACGACUAUCCUCUCCAGCUUCUUCGGAUGAAGGGGAUUCAAGCUAUUGAGCAUGCAGAUUUUGAUGGAGUUGAGAGACUUAAUAAUGUACUUGGAGGAAAGAUACUGAGUACUUUCGACAACAUGGACGAGUCAUGCUACGGCACAUGUGAGAGUAUCAGGAAUGUGCAUGUGGGGAACGAAAGAAUGAUCAAGUUCAGUGGCGUUCGGAGUGGGGCAAGUACGAUUGUACUGUGUGGGUCAUCGAAGGAGAUGCUAGACGAGGCGGAAAGAAGCGUGCAUGAUGCCCUGUGUGUGCUGGCGAAGAUAAAGGAGGAUCCACGUGUUAUUUAUGGAGGAGGAUCAAGCGAGAUGGCAAUGGCUGUUGGACUGAACAAAUAUGCCAUGGAGGUUCCUGGGGCUGAAAGCGAUGCUAUUCUAGCAUUUUCGAGUGCUCUGCAGCAGAUUCCAAAGAUACUUGCAGACAACGGGGGAUACAAUGGAGAGAGCAUCAAGGCAAGCCUAAGGGCAGAGCACAACUCUGGAAGGACAAGCUACGGGGUGAAUGUGAGGAAUGGAAGCAUAGGGUGUAUGAAGGAGGCUGGCGUUGUUGAUAGCCUUAGAAUCAAACACCGGGUUGUCACAGCGGCCUCGGAGACUGCACAGAUGAUAAUCAAGUGCGACGCAAUCGUCAAGUGCAAGCCUAGAGAAAGAACAAGAGAAUAA